CGAUUUUGCACAGCAGACCUUGCCACCCAUGCACGCCAAUUGCAAGCAUUUCUCGGCAUGUGAGUCGAACUGCUCAAAUGGAUUCUCGACACACAGGUCGAUCACUCAGCUUGGGAGGACGUUCUGGCGCUUCCUUGAGCUCGGUGCAUGUUCAACAGGAUUUCUGUGAUCCAGAUGAGUACUUCAGAGUAGUCAUACGAGUCCGUCCUCCAUUGGACCGCGAGCUGUGUUCACCUGUUUGGCAGCAUGUUGUGUCGGUGCCGGGGACCACACAGAUAUGUUUAUAUGAGACGGUUCCCGAAAUGAAUGCCGCCGAUAGAGCAAGCGGCACAAGCCAGGUUGUCAACACUCACACCUUUUCCUUUGACCAUGUGUACGAUCAGAAUGCAUCCCAACCAGACGUUUACGAGAGCACUGCACGUACAUCUGUGAUGUCAGCUCUACGAGGCUACAAUGCAACAAUCCUGGCCUACGGGCCAACUGGAACUGGAAAGACCUACACCAUGGAGGGCAGCCUUCGUCCAGACGGACAUGGCAUAAUCCCACGAUCCAUGGAGGAUAUAUUUGAACAUAUCAGGAGUGCUAGAAAUGAGCAUUCAGCUUUCGAGGUUCGAGCAUCAUACCUGCAGAUUUACAAUGAAGUUAUAUCAGACUUGCUUAAGCCAGACAGAUCUCAUUUGAUGAUUCGUGAAGAUAAAAGACGAGGGGUGUUUGUUGAGGGCCUCUCUGAAUGGCUGUGCAGAAGUCCUGAUGAAGUGCAGACGCUGAUGGAGCAUGGGUCCAGUGCUCGUGCCACCGCCCAGACUGGCGCCAAUGAUACUUCCAGCCGAUCUCAUGCUGUUUUUAUCAUCGUUGUGGAACGGUCUGAGAAGUUCAUGGAAGGAUCCCAAAGCCUCACGGGGCGAUUAAACCUGGUGGACCUGGCCGGGUCAGAGCGACCACGCAUAACAGGUGCCACGGGGCAACGGUUGGAAGAGACCAAGAAGAUCAAUCAGAGCCUGUCUGCACUGGGCAAUGUCAUUUCGGCGCUGACCGAGCGCAGGGCCAGAUCCCACGUACCAUACCGGGACUCCAAGCUCACGAGGCUUUUGGAAGACUCCUUAGGUGGCAACUGCCGGACUACCAUGAUGGCCAUGGUAUCGCCUGCUGCAGAAGCCUUUGCCGAAUCUCUCUCUACUUUGAAAUUUGCUCAACGAGCCAAAGGGGUAGUCACUACGCCACAGGUGAACGAGGACCUGGACCCACGCAUGAUGGCCAACAGGUACGAGGCUGAGAUACGGCGACUUCGAACUGAAUUGGCUGAGCGUGAUUCGAGGACUACAAUUGAUUUGGAGGGCUUCGACCCCCACAAGCCCCUUGCUGAUAUUGGAGCUCUUCGCGCAGACUUUUCAGGUGGGAAAACCGGAAGUUUGUGGAACCGCCAGAGAGAAGAAGACAAGGCGCCGGCCGGUAGAUACAAGCAGCUUCUUCUCAAGCAGCGAGACAUAAUGAUAACCCUGACACAGCGACUGCAUGAACGUGAUGAAACUAUCAUCGGAUUGCAGGCAGAGCUGGACGCGCAAGACCAAAGAGUCAGAGAACUUCAAGAGCGUUUUGAACGUCAGGCACUCCGGCUGGCUGCAGCCGAAAAAGCACUGCAAGCAUCCUCAAAGGCAAACAUGGCGAAUGUGGGCUCAGGCUCUUGGCUGAGACGAGAGGCACCAGAUCAAAUUGGCUCCCCGGAAGCGGGAGAGCUAAAUGCUUUACCCAGAUAUUUGCCAGAGAGUAGACUAGACUCUACCCCUCAGUGUUCAGACACAGGUGGAGGGAGGUAUGGCCAGCGGCUUCUCAGUGCAGAUGACAAGGUCUUGGAGUUGACUUCACUUCUGGAAACCCAACGACAGGAGAAUCACAGGAUGAAAUUGGAGCUUGAAGCCAUGCAGCAUUCUAUGCUUCCAAGUGACGGCAUUCCAUCGGUUGCUGCCACUAUGGCACAGACUUUGGGCGCAGAUGUUGCGUGGGGCAAUGAGGGGCUUCACUUCCGUGACCGGCUGCAUUUAGCCGAAAAGGAUGCUGGUGCAGACCGUUUCCGCCAAGGAUGGAGUCCAAGCCUUCCUCAUGCAUUUGCCUGAGCUCAUUGUCUCGGCAUUUCUACGACUGAGUUAACGCAUUGGCCCUUGGGAGAUGUGCCAUGAAGGGGUGGGGCUGAACCACUUGCAGAUUCAACCAUGAAGC